UUUGGAGGAAGAGGAAAAGCUGCAAGAAAUUUUGAAGCGUUAGAUAAUAUCAUCAAAGCCUUAAAAGUUUUGGAGAACGAUGAAUCGUUGCUGAUACAAAGCGGUAAACCGGUUGGUAUUUUACAAACACAUAAAGAUGCACCACGUGUAUUAAUCAGCAAUAGCCAACUGGUACCCAACUGGGCCAACUGGAAACAUUUUGAUGAACUGGAGAAGAAGGGAUUGAUGAUGUACGGACAAAUGACCGCCGGAAGCUGGAUCUACAUUGGCAGCCAGGGAAUUGUACAGGGAACUUACGAAACCUAUGCUGCUAUUGCCAACAAACAUUUUGGCGGUGGUUUAAAAAAUACGCUGAAUGUAACAGCCGGCCUGGGCGGUAUGGGCGGCGCCCAGCCGCUUGCUAUUACCAUGAAUGAAGGUGUUGCAUUGGUGGCUGAGGUUGAAGAAUGGCGUAUUGACAAACGCAUUGAAACAAGAUACCUGGAUGAAAAACAUACCAGCAUUGAUGAUGCCAUUAAUGCGGCCAUGCAUUACCGCAAAACCGGCGAAGCAAAAAGCAUUGGCGUAUUGUGUAAUGCUAUUGAAUUGCUGAACAGGCUUAUCCAACGGGAAGUGAUCCCUGAUACGCUGACCGACCAGACCAGUGCACAUGAUCCGCUGGUUGGUUAUGUGCCGCAUGCAUUGACUAAUGAAGAAGCAAAUGCGCUGCGUGAACAAAAUCCGCAGGAAUAUAUUGAGCGCAGUUAUGAGAGCAUGUACCUGCAUGUGCAACUGAUGUUGCAAUUGAUGGAUAAAGGAGCGAUCACUUUUGACUAUGGAAAUAAUAUUCGUGCAAGAGCAUUAGAGUACGAAGAAAAAAAUAAGCAAAAAUUAUUGGAGUCCAAAGUUCCCCCUUCAGGGGGCGGAGGGGGUAGGUGCUUCGAUUUCCCCGGCUUUGUUCCAGCUUAUAUACGUCCGCUAUUCUGCGAAGGCAAAGGCCCGUUCCGCUGGGCUGCGCUGAGUGGAGAUCCGGAAGAUAUUGCCGUUACAGACCAGGUAAUGAUGGAACUGUUUGCCGACAAUACCAGCCUGAUGCGCUGGUUUAAGCUUGCCCAGGAAAAAAUUGCUUUCCAGGGAUUGCCUGCACGUAUUUGCUGGAUAGGGCAGGGAGAUAGGGAGAAAGCAGGACUUGCAUUUAACGAACUGGUACGUACGGGAAAAGUAAAAGCGCCGAUCGUGAUCGGGCGUGAUCAUUUGGAUACAGGCUCUGUGGCAUCACCCAAUCGUGAGACCGAAGCCAUGUUGGAUGGCAGUGAUGCUGUUGCAGACUGGCCAAUAUUAAAUGCAUUGGUGAACACGGCCGGUGGUGCCAGUUGGGUUUCCUUACAUCAUGGCGGCGGG